AUGUUUGCCGACGACAGCGCAAUUUUCGCCGAAACUGACGAGGAAGCGACUAACAUCAUGUGCUCACUGUCAGAGAUUGCCCAGUCGUAUGGCCUCAAAAUAAACGCGGAAAAGACCAAGUACCUUGGAUCGGUCGUUCAAGAAAGGAAAGUGGUUGCCGAGGCUGAGGUCCGCAGCAGGAUUGGUCAUGCGUCUAAGACAUUUGCAGCGUUAAAGUGGUGUCUCUGGAAGAAGAGUAACAUAUCACUGAAAACCAAAAUUCGCAUGUUCCGGACGCUGGUGCUCCUGUGCUACUAUAUGGGUCUGAGACAUUACGUCUCAACAUCGGAUCUCUCUUCAUCCGCCGAGGUUCAAAUCCGCUUCGUCUCGCAUUUCAAAAUAUGCUCGGGAUCAGGCUUCGUGACCAUGUCACGAACAACGCCAUCAGGGAGAAGUUUGAAGAUCAACCCACAAUCGAGGAACAAUUGA